UCUGCGGCCUGUUGGUUCCCCCUCAGCCUGCAGUGGAGCGGAUGGAGCAGGAGGAGCAGGCUCAGGGCUCUGUGCCCUCCGAGCCGCGGCCGGGGGGAGCGGGCGGGGAGCUCUGUCUGUCAGUGGUGCCCGAGCUGCUCAGAGUGCUCUGGGAAGAGUCGGAGAAGCCGCGGAGGAGUCCUGGGGGUCGAGUUAAGACUCAUCGCCUUCACCGACACCGACCGUGCCCGCUGGGUAGAGAGACCUACGCUCUAAAGAAGUUACGAGAAGCGGCAAAUGGCAAUGACCUGGAUACAGUCCAGCGUUUGCUUGAUGAGGGAGCAGAUCCAUGUGCUGCAGAUGACAAAGGGCGAACAGCGCUUCAUUUUGCAUCUUGCAAUGGAAAUGAUCAGAUAGUAAGUUUGCUUCUAGACCAUGGUGCUGACACAAACCAGAGAGAUGGACUGGGGAACACACCUUUGCACUUGGCUGCUUGUACAAGUCAUGUGCCUGUCAUUACAACUCUUCUUCGUAGAGGUGCCAGAGUGGAUGCUUUAGACAGAGCAGGCAGAACCCCACUACAUCUAGCCAAGUCCAAGCUGAAUAUCCUACAAGAUGGGAAGUCACAAACUUUGGAAUCCUUGAGGCUAGAAGUAAAACAGAUCAUCCAAAUGUUGCGGGAGUACUUGGAAAAGUUGGGGCAGCAGGAACAGACAGAACAGCUGGACCAGAUCUGUUCUAGACUGCAAAGAACUAGCACAAAAGAGCAGGUUGAUGAAGUGACUGAGCUUCUUGCUAGCUUCACAUCUCUCAGCCUCCAGAUACAGAAGAUGGAGAGCAGGUAGCCAGAGGUGCUGGGUUCCACCAUUACUGCUCAAUCACAGCCAUGAGACUGUACUGUGUUCUGUACCCUUUUAAGAUUAAACUAUUUGUUGCAAGAAAUGUUACAACCUAAUUCCAUGUACAGGAAGUGUUUGUUUCAUGACAUCUCAAGUUAGCCAACCAUGCUGCAUUCAGUAAACUGACCCUUGCAAAAGCUUAGCCUGGUUUUCAAACACUCUUCUGUACAGAGACAUGUGCCGAUUGCACAUGUAUUACUAGAGAUGGAUAAUCCUUGGCACCAUCUGUAAAAUACGUUUUCCUGAACCAAGACUCAGAAGAAGAUGAUGAUGAUAUUGACUUUCUUGGAAAUCUAAGAACCUAAAAGUAGAUGAAAUGUCUUAGUUGACAAGAAAGCAAUUAUGUUCCCUCAUUAAUUUUUUAUUUUUAUUUUUAUUUUAUUGUCAAAGCUGGAAAGAAUUUCCAAUAAUAAGUGAAUGUAGUGUGUGUGUUACUAUUACAGUCUGCUGUUCCCAUUUCAUAUCCCCUGGUGAAUUGAGACUACCAAUUUGUUACGUAUUAUGUAUGUAUUUUGUUGUCCGGUGCUUGUGUUGGGUCAAGGUUUUGUAUGAGAAACCUGUGUUACAGUUGUAUGGUCCUUUGGAAAUUCACCUUCAGAAUUUAUUUUAUACUCUUUGCACAUUCCAGGUCUUCUAUUUUGUUUCU